AUGUUCACAAUUGCCUUUUCUUCUCUUCUUCUUUUCUGUCCUUACUUUCUUUAUCGUUGCUUCUAUAUUUCUUUCUACUUCUCACUUUUUCCUCUCUCUAGUAAUUUUCCAGUGUUUGUUUCCUUCUAUUGCUUUCUAUUAUUCUUUCUAUCUCACUUUCUGUUUACCUUUUCCCCUUCUUUCUUUCUUCCUUUCUUUAUUUUUUUCAAUCUUUUUUUCUUCCUUUUCCCGUUCUUUUUUAUCCUUUCCCAACUGCCUUUAGCAUUAUUCUUCCUCUCCUUCUUCUUUCUCUUUCUCUUAUCUAUACAUCUUUCCCAACUUCUUUCUUUCUUUCUUUCUUUCUUUCUUUUUUAUCCUUUCCCAACUGCCUUUAAACUUAUGCUUCCUCUCCUUCUUUCUCUUUUUCUUACCUAUACAUCUUUCCCAGCUUCUUUUUUUCUUCCUUUCUUCCUUCCUUUCUUUCUUUUUUUCAAUCUUUUUUCUUUCUUUUCCCGUUCUUUUUUUAUCCUUUCCCAACUGCCUUAUGCUUCCUCUCUUUCUUCUUUCUCUUUCUCUUAUCUAUACAUCUUUCCCAACUUCUUUCUUUCUUUCUUUCUUUCUUUCUUUCUUUCUUUCUUUCUUUCUUUCUUUCUUUUCUCCUUCUUUGUUGGUCCUUUCCUAACUGCCUUUAACUCUCACUUCUUUCUUUCAUUUUCAUACUUAUUUCUCUCUGUCUCUCUUUUAUUUCCUUUCUCCUAUUCUGUUUCUUAUAAACCCCUCUCUUUUUAUCUCUCAUUAUUUCUCUCUCUGUUACCUCCCUAUUAUUUCACACUCUGCCUCACUCUUUAUUUUCCCUUUCCCUUCUAUUUCUACAUGAUUAUAAUCUCUCUUUUAUCUCCCCUUCUUUUCUUUUCUCUUCUAACCACACUCUCUUAUGUGCGUCCCAUUCUGCCUUUCUCACGUACAAUUUUUUCUCUCUUUAUCUCCCUCUCUAUUUUCGUUUUCCUUUCUCUCUCUAUUUUUACUUCUUCACUCUCUUUCGCUUCCUCGCUUUUCUCAUAUAUAGCUACAUACCUUCUGCAUUCGCUGUUCUUAAAUUCUUACUCUUCUUCAAUUCUCCCUCUUUCCCUUUCCUUCUCUGUCGCUAUCCAUCGUCCUUCUUUUUUUUCCUUCUCUCUUUCUUUGUACAUUUUUUCCUUUCUUUCUUUUUUUAUGUCUUUCUGGUUCUUUGCAUUUCUUUUUCUUUUUUUUUUGUACUGUUUUUCUUUUUGUUAUGUUUUCUAUAAUUUGUCUCACUCAUUCUCCCCUCCACACACUCUCACUUAUUUCUCUCUCUCUCGCUCCCCCCCUCUCUCUCUCUCUCUCUCUCUCUUUGCCUCCAUCUUACUCAGUUUCAUUUUCUCUGCUUGCUUAACUUCCCUUCUCUGUCCAUCUCUCUUUCCAUUCUUUCAUCCGUGUUCAUUGUUUUCCCCCUCUUUUUGA